CUCACACGGGGCUGCUCGGAGCAGGGUGGGAGCAAUAGUGGACGAAAAAUGUCGGAUUCCAAGGUAAAAGUUGCGGUGAGAGUUCGGCCCAUGAACCGCAGAGAAAUGGAACUGAAUACGAAAUGUGUCGUGGACAUGGAGGACAACCAAACUGUUCUUCACCCACCACCCUCUAAUGCAAAAGGAGAGAGCAGGAAACAACCCAAGGUGUUUGCCUUCGACCACUGUUUCUGGUCCAUGGACGAGUCCAACGUUCCAAAGUACGCAGAUCAAGAGGUGGUGUUCAAGUGCCUUGGCGAGGGAAUACUUGAAAACGCAUUCCAAGGAUAUAACGCCUGCAUUUUUGCCUACGGACAAACGGGAUCGGGCAAAUCCUUCUCUAUGAUGGGGAACGGGGAGCAGCCAGGCCUGAUUCCGCGGCUUUGCUGCUCCCUCUUUGAGAGGGUCCACAGAGAAGAGAACGAGGCCCAUUCUUUUAAAUUGGAGGUGUCCUACAUGGAGAUCUACAACGAGAAGGUCCGUGACCUGCUGGAUCCCAAAGGGAGCCGCCAGUCUCUGAAGGUUCGAGAACAUAAAGUCCUGGGUCCAUACGUAGACGGACUGUCCCAGCUGGCCGUGACCAGCUUCGAGGACAUUGAAGUAUUAAUGUCAGAGGGGAACAAAUCUCGCACAGUCGCCGCCACCAACAUGAAUGAGGAGAGCAGCCGGUCUCACGCUGUCUUCAGCAUCAUCGUCACACAAACGCUGUAUGAUCUACGGUCCGGGAACUCCGGUGAGAAGGUGAGCAAAAUGAGCCUGGUGGACUUGGCGGGGAGCGAGCGCGUGUCCAAGACUGGAGCCGCCGGAGAAAGACUGAAAGAGGGCAGCAACAUCAACAAGUCUCUGACCACCCUGGGUUGUGUGAUUUCUGCUCUAGCAGACCAGUCUGCGGGGAAAGGGAAGGCUAAGUUUGUGCCUUACAGAGACUCAGUCCUCACCUGGCUGCUCAAGGACAACCUGGGCGGCAACAGCAAGACGGCCAUGAUCGCCACGGUGAGUCCGGCGGCCGAUAACUACGAGGAGACGCUGUCCACACUGCGUUACGCCGACCGGGCGAAGAGGAUCGUCAAUCACGCGGUGGUGAACGAAGACCCCAAUGCUCGCAUCAUCAGGGAGCUGAGGGAGGAGGUGGAGAAGCUCAAAGUGCAGCUUUCUCAGGCUGAGUCUCUGAAGGCCCCCGAGCUGAAGGAGAAGUUGCAGGAGUCUGAAAAACUCAUCCAGGAGAUGACGGUCACCUGGGAGGAGAAGCUAAGGAAGACGGAGGAGAUCGCAACGGAGCGCCAGAAGCAGCUGGAAAGCAUGGGCAUCUCGCUGGAGACUUCCGGGAUAAAAGUGGGCGAAGACAAGUGCUUCCUGGUCAAUCUGAAUGCCGACCCCGCCCUCAAUGAGCUCCUGGUCUAUUAUCUCAAGGAGUACACCCGUGUGGGCGCCGACACAUCCCAGGACAUCCAGCUCUUCGGGAUAGGCAUCCAAUCAGAGCACUGUGUGCUGGAGCUCCGCCCAGAUGGUGACGUCACCCUCACGCCCAUACAUAAUGCCAGAACCUGUGUAAAUGGAACGAUGAUUGACUCCUUGGUCCACCUGUGGCACGGAGACCGCAUUUUAUGGGGCAACAACCACUUUUUUAGGAUCAACCUACCUAAGCGCAAGCGGCGGGACCGCUUGAAGGAGCUGGAGAGGGCCUCGCCCAGAGAGAGCUUUGUCGAGGCAGACGUGGAGACCGCCAGCGAGGCCUCCUCUGAACAGGACUACAGCUAUGAGUUUGCCCAGAUGGAGGUCAUCAUGAAGACCCUGGGGAAUAACGACCCCAUGCAGAAUGUGGUUCAGGUGCUGGAGAAGCAGUACCUGGAGGAGAAGAGGACAGCGCUGGAGGAGCAGAGGCUCAUGUACGAGCGGGAGCUGGAGUCGCUUCGGCAGCAGCUGUCGCCGGAGAAAACAACCCAGCACCACCGCAGCAACAGCGACCGCCUCACCUUCCCGAUGCACGCGACCCACAGCAAGCUACGUCUGUGGACGGAGGAGAGGGAUGAGCUGUUCCGUCAGAGUCUCUCUCGGCUCAGGGAACAAGUGGUGAGAGCCAACACUUUGGUGCGAGAAGCCAACUUUUUGGCGGAGGAGAUGAAGAAACUCACCAACUAUCAGGUCACGCUGCAGAUCCCCGGUGCCAACCUCAGCGCUAACCGCAAGCGUGGCGCCAUUGUUAGUGAGCCCGCCAUUCAGGUGCGGAGGAAAGGGAAGGGGACCCAGGUGUGGACCAUCGAGAAGCUAGAAAACAAACUGGUGGACAUGAGAGACCACUACAGAGACUGGAAGGAGGGCACAGAGCAGAUGUGGAACAAACUGAACAACAAAUACAGCGACCCGUUCUACGAGGCGCAGGAGAACCACAACCUGAUAGGAGUGGCCAACAUAUUUCUGGAGUGCCUCUUCCAUGACGUCAAGCUGCAGUAUGCUGUUCCCAUCAUCAGCCAGCAGGGGGAGGUGACGGGCAGGCUGCACGUUGAGCUGAUGAGAGUGAGCGGGGCGGUGCCGGAGCGCCUGGCGGGCGGAGACGACUCAUCAGAGAACUCCAGUGAGAACAGCUGCUACGAGGUGAUGGACACCAACGGGGAGAUGGUCCUCAUGACUAAGAGGCUCACCUGCAGGGUGCGGAUUAGGGAGGCCACAGGACUGCCACUCAACCUGUCCAACUUCGUCUUCUGCCAGUACACCUUCUGGGAGUGUGCAGAGCCCACGGUGGCUCCUCCCAUGGUCAGCCCGGACACGCCCUCAACACGCUCUCCCGACGCCCAGUUCACCGUCAGCUUUGAUCACUGCAAGGAGUAUACGGUACAUGUAACGGAGGAGUUUCUGGAGUUUAUCUCAGACGGGGCGCUGUCCAUAGAGGUGUGGGGUCAUCGCUGUGCCCGGAACGGGCGCUCACUGUGGGAGCUAGAUGCCCAGCAGGCAAAGACACGGACGCUCCAAGACAGGUGGAGUGAGGUGUGCCGCAGGAUCGAACUGUGGGUCUCCAUCCAGGAGCUCAACGAGCAGGGAGAAUAUUCUGCCGUGGAGCUGCACCCCGGGAAGGACAUCAGCACAGGGGGAGUCUUCCAGCUCCGACAGGGUCACUCUCGGAGGCUGCAGGUGGGCGUGAAGCCGGUCCAACACUCGGGCACCCUGCCUCUGCUGGUGGAGGCCGCGCUGUCUGUGUCCAUCGGCUGUGUGUCCGCCCGCUCCACCAAGCUACAGAGACCCCUAGAUAGCUACCAGAGAGAGGUGGAGGACGAUAUGGAUAGUUAUCAGGAGGAAGACCUCAACUGUGUCCGGGAGCGCUGGUCCGAGGCGCUCAUCAAACGAAGGGAAUACCUCGACGAACAGAUCAAGAAGAUCAUCAACAAACCAGAGAAGUCCGAGGAGGACGUGGAACGUGAGGCUCGGCUGGUGGAGCAGUGGGUCGGCCUGACUGAAGAGAGAAACGCUGUGCUGGUCCCUGCGCCUGGUAGCGGCAUACCCGGCGCCCCCGCACACUGGACCCCACCUGCGGGAAUGGAGGCUCACAUCCCUGUACUCUUUUUGGAUUUGAAUGCGGAUAAUCUGACAGUAAACGAGCAGCUGACAGGGCCCCACGCUGCGGGAGUCAACUCUAUCUUACCCAAGGAGCAUGGGAGCCAGUUCUUCUAUUUGCCCAUCAUCAGACACAGCGAUGACGAGGUGUCGGUGGUUUGCUCCUGGGACUCGUCCAUCCAUGACUCUGUGCACCUGAAUCGAGUGACGUCGCCCAAUGAGCGCAUCUACUUGAUCAUUAAGGUCACCGUUCAGCUCAGCCACCCCGCCUCCAUGGAGCUGGUGGUCCGCAAGAGGAUCGCUGUCAACAUCUACAACAAACAGAGCUUCACUCAGAGUCUGAAGAGAAGAAUGUCCUUAAAGAACACACUUUACUCCUGUGGAGUGACUUAUGACAUCGUGUCCAACAUACCAAAGGCCUCAGAAGAGCCCGAGGCGAGGGAGACCUUAGCCCUCAUGGCCGCCCGCGGGGAGGCCGAGGAGACUCCAGAUGGAGAGACUUACAUUGAGAAAUACACGAGAGGUGUUUUGGAGGUGGAGAACAUCCUCAGUCUGGAGCGGUUACGACAGGCGGUGACGGUAAAGGAGGCGCUCGCUGCCAAGGGGAGACACCUGAGGAGGAGUAUCAGCACACCCAAUGUACAGCACUGCUCGUGUAGUAAAACGGACCCGACUGAAGACGACGACUGUAAGGAUCAUUAUGAGUCUCAUGUGGAUGGCUCCAGUUUUAGUUUCCAGGAUGGCUCCCCUUGUAGCACGCCCAUCAAGAACAAGGAGGACCACAGUGCGGUGCCGGAGAGCCCUACCUUUUUCAACUCGAGCCCGUUCAAGGUCCUCUCCCCCCAGCCACCCAAGUUCCUCAAGUCCCUGCUGCCUGUCAAAGAGGAGGGCAAGGCCAAGAGGGCCCUGGAGGCCCGGCCUCUGCUGGGACAAGAGGACUCUGAAGAGGAGGAGACGGACGUAGACAUGGCUUUGAGCCUGGACCGGGGCCCUCAGGACUACAACAGCCUCCAGCCCUACAUCCCAGAGGACUUUGCUAACUUUGAGGUCUACAACGCCACCCUGGAGAGCCGGGAGGGGGUGCUCUCCGCUCGCCCGGAGCUGAAGGGAGGUCGGUGUGCGGGGGUAGGUGGCGGAGGGGGGGAGAGGGAGGUGUCUCGCAGCCCCACGACCAGCAGUUGUACCAGCGGCUACUUCUCUCACAGUGCCUCCAACGCCACGCUGUCUGACAUGCCUUUCAGUGCCAGUGAGAGUUCUGACCACCUCAGCAUUGCCCCCAGAGACCUGGACAGGUGCUGCACCCAAACUAAAAUUGUUCCCCAGAUGGGUGACAAUGAGCAGUCGGCCCUCUCAGCAUGCGGUGAAGGUCUGGAGAGCAAGCUCAUCGCCCCACCUUCCUCUCCAGUCAGUAUCCCCAAUUGCACAGACCAGCAGCGAAGCUCUUCUCCUCCACACAGCUGUGUCCUCAGCGCCAGCCAGGAAUUCACUGACUUUAAAGGGGCUGAUGACGGCAUCGGGGAGGGCGAUUUAGCACACUUUGCCGAGGGAUGGCCACGGGACGGUUUAGAGUUGCCUGCUGGAACACAGCAAAAAGGGGAAGAUAUAGAAACACGCAACACUGGCAGUCAACAGGCUUGUGACGUUGUCUCUGUUGUUAUCAACACACCCAGCCCUGGAAAUACCCCAGCCCCCAUAUGUAACUGUCACAACGGCAAAGGCCCUGUCGCUAUACCUCCUUCCUGCCCAACCGCAGUUCCAGUUUGCACCACAACUAUAGCCCCCACCGCUGCACCUGCCCCUACCCAAAUCCCAGCUCCAGUUCAGGCCUUAACGAUGCCCGCUGCUCCAGCCUCGACGCCUGACUCACCCCCAGACACAUGCACAGCCUCUCCUCCAGCUCCAGCCUCUGCUCCUUCACCGGCUCAGCGGGGGGGAGGAGGAGAACCCCCUAUCCAGGAGCCGGCUCAGGGAGAUUUGCCCCACGGGAGUCCUUGCCCCAGCCCGAACCCCAGCAGCGCUGAGCCCUCGGGGGAUUCCAGCGGGGACGAGAGCUCACCAGUUGCCCAGCUGCCUGACUGGAUGGCCCCCGGAGAACAGGUGUGGGUGGGGAAGAGGAGAGGAACGGUUCACUAUGUUGGAGGAGUGGAGUUCGCCAAGGGCAUCUGGGUCGGUGUGCAGCUGGACCUGGCUGUGGGCAAGCACAAUGGGACUGUCCAGGGAAGGGUGUAUUUCCGCUGUCCUCCCGGCCACGGGGUGUUUGUGAAGCCAUCUCGUCUCACCCGAGGGCUGCCCUGCACAGACAAGGACCCCAAGAAGACUCUUAUCCGAUAGGCUCCAGACAGUAGACUUGUCACAGUGGUCAGUUUUCCUGUUCCCGUACAGUAUUUGAUCAAGUGAACAUGCACACUACAACCUGCCUAACAUGCUUGAUCGUUAACAUUGUAAAAGAGUUUGUGUCGCUGUUCAGCUCUGUGACGUUUCUUGCUGGUAUCAGGCUGAAACAUCUUCGGGUGAAUGACAGACUCAAGCAAGCAGAGGCGUUUCAAAACCCAGAAAGUCUCAAAGCAACAUGGUGUUCUCAAAUUUGCAAUUCACUACAAGGAAGGCAAACGACGCCCUCUACUGACAAAAGGCGGUAGUACUGGCUAUUGCCCAUGUUGAAAGGUUGGCCAACACCAGUGAAAAACAUUUGUACCACCAUGACAAGUCUACCAGGAAGGAUCAGCUUUCUGAGGACUACCAGAAAUCUAAGGGUUUCCAGUCCAGUGCCUACAGUGAACCUGCGAGCUGAGUUCAAGGCGUUUCCCUGUCCAUCCGUCAUUCAAAUCUCCAGACUGGUUUGUCCUCACAGUAUGCUUUCCUAAAGCCUAUCUCACCUGCGCGUUUUAUGAAGGGUGUAUCUUCAUUGUUGUUCACUGAAAACUUACUAUGCACAUAUCCAACUUUUCUAUUGUGUUAUUUUUGAUAGAGAAGUCAACUUUGAACGGCGAGUCCAUACGGAGACGUUAUCCACAAACCUUUUUUUUUUUUACAUUGGUUUCCAAGCAACAAUAUUUUUGUAAGACAAUGCGUCACUCCCCGAGGCUUAAAGUGGAGUAAUAUGGGAUCUUGAGAAUGUACUACUGUUAUAACAUUGAUGUUGAAGUCAAUAUGAUGUGUCAGGGUAACCAAAGAACAAGGGUUCCAUAUCUGCUGUUGGAUCUGACAUCUUGCUUUUUUCAAAAGUAUAUGGAAACAUACAAAAUAUCUGUGUCCACGUAAAGCAUUGUGCCAUAUUUCAAUGACUAAUGCCUUGUGCCCUGAGCAACCGGCAAAUCUGCGACGCCCGAUUUGCUCUCAGCAUUAGACUGCAGUUAUGUUGCCCACUAAAUGUUAAUUUAUCUUUAUUUGAGUACUGUAACACUGUAGAGGAGAUAAUCCCCAUUGACUUUGGAAUAGUUGCCAUAGCUGUCCGAACGCGUGCACUGGAGAAGAUUCUUGGAGAGAGCUCGACCAAUGGUCUUCCAAGCGGGGCUGAUGAAUCACUUCCUGUGUACUCCCGAUUGGACCGAGAAAAGUCCAGAUUGGCGACAUCGCUCAUAUCAGCCGAAUGAAGCAGCUAGGCUUUGACUGACCAAGGCCUGGCCCAUACUGAUGCCUUAUUGCCCUGUGUCUCAAACGGCGGGUAUAUAAACCACAGACUACUCUAUUAACACUGUCCCUUACCAAGGACGGGAACUUUUGACUAAUUAAAAAAGAAAAAAAGGUUUUUAUAUAUGUUUGGACCUGAAGCCUGUGUAUGACGAGGUGCCCAGAGGCAUUCAAAAUGCCAUCCAACUCCCUUGACUGAGUUGCUAGCUUACUGACUGACUGUCCCACGACGUGUUCUGUGCUAAUACGGAGACAAUGUGUAAUGAUCUAAACAUUGUUCAGAGGUACUCACAAAAUACCAACGAGCUUGCUUUUUUUUUCUUUUUUCAAAAUGUUUUAAUUUUUUUCAACAUGGAGGAUUGGAUAAAUGGGUUGAGGACGACAUCAGGUUACCGAAGACGGUAUAAAAGUAGUUUAGUAAGGUGAAAAACUGUCCUAUGAACAUGUAUUUUUAUGGAAGUGGUGGACUGUGGAGCCGACUGGAGAUAUAGUUCUAUGUAUGCUAUGACUUCAAGUAAAUGAAAGAAACCCAAGACCUUACUUUAAAAAGAAGACAUCAAAGCUGCUCUCCCUUAUAAGGAGUUGUAAAUAGAAAUGUAUUUGAACAUAGUAUUUACAGUAUUAUAAUGUACAGAAUUGUAUUUAUAAUGUAUCACGGCCAACUUUAGAUUGGUACAAAAUGCUCUAGAAUAGAACGUUUUCAAUGGAAAAAA